AUGGAGUCAGUUGUGAUGAAUGAUGUGGGAUCCUUGGACACAUCUAAAGAACAGUCGGGAAUGAUUCCAUAUCCUCAAGUGAAACCAAAGUUCAGUUCUUCUGCAGAUACUAAUAACAGUAAUGCAAGUACACUUCAGGAGCCUUCAAUCAAUAAUAAUAGUUCAUUACAGUCCAAAGAAUCAGAAUUAUGUGUCAAACCACCGAACAAAAAAUCUGGGAGGCCAAGAGGUCGGCCCAGGAAACACCAGGAGGUGGAGGUUCCUAAGAGAGAGAAUAAGCGGCGUAGAGUAACCAAAAGGAAGGAAGAAAUUUCACAUAGCAGUGCAAGCCUGAGUAAGGGAUUGGCAUCGGUCCUACAGACUCCCUCAUUUCAUGUUCGAAAGGAAGAAAUUCGACAUCACAACAUAACGACACUGAAUUUUCGAAACCGUCUAAAUGGAACAUUUAUUCAAGAUCCUUGGUCUGUGCCUGAAUUGAAUUUGGAAGAGCUAUGCAUCGAAAUUGUGGUUCAAGGACAAAGGGAACCUCCAAGUUCCCAGAAGGAAAGCAGAGUUAAUGUUGCGAGUAAUGAAACAAAGACAACUGAUCCAUCUAAGCUGGACAGAGAUGCAAGGAGAGAAGCUUUGUGCUUGGAGAAUAAAGAGACAGAUAACACAGUGUGUGUCAGUAACACUUCAGAUGUGGAGUGCCUUAAGUCUAGUACAGGUAACAUAGGUCAGUCUUUGGAAGUUUUAAAGUCUCAGGUGAAAGUUAGUUGUGAUGUGACAGUACAUGAGAGUAGUGAUAUGGAAUCAGAAGAAAGUAGUUCUUCAGAUGGUCUGAAUGAAACUUGUACAACUAAAGAUGGUGAAACAGAUCUAACAGUAAACUUAUUACUCCCUGAUAGUGGAAGUAGAGCAGGCACUAGUAAUGCUUUGGAAAAUUCCAGUGUGCAAAGAUUAAAGCAGUUACAUACAAAUGAUGAAGGACUCUCUUCAAGUGAAAAAAAUCAAGAAAAGACUAAACACCCUUUUGUCAGUGUUGAGAGGGAGAAGCAGACCUGCAAGAAAUUUUGUGGUGGGCCAUCUUAUUGCAGGAGUGCUGAUACAAGAGCAAAGGUAAAAACAGAAGAAAACACAGGGGACUUGUCACAUGAAGAGGAAAGAGAUUGUUCUAAAACACUAAAAAUGGAUACUUUAGUAACAAGGUGCUGUAUAAAAGAUGAUAAUUUGAACUGUGAUGAAAGUAAGACACAUAUAAAAAAUAAGAGUAUAGAUUUAUUGGAUCUUCCACAAGCUGUGUCUCCUAGUUUAGUAGAUGUAAAGGAAGUCUCACGUUUGAGUGAGCUGUCAUCCUUGAAAGUAAGUGAAUUGCCAGUGAAUUCCUUACUAGAUACCUCAUUUGAUUCAAGCCUCAGUAUUUUGUAUGAAACAGACAGUUGUAUGUUGGAUUUUGCAAGUUCCCCUAAUAUUCGGAGUUGGAUGAGGUAUAAGGAAAGUAAGCCAGGUGUCAUAAAGAAGGAAAAGAUUGAUACUGAUGUUUCAGAAACUAGUCUUAUUUAUGGUGAAGAGAAAAAGAUAAGAGGCCUGUCUAGUGACUACUUUAAUACACUUCUAGAAGAUUUAGAUUUUGAAGAAGAGUUCUUUCAGUGUCCUACAACUGAAAAUCUUAGUAGUACUUUUGGUGAACAUUUAUCAAGUUCACUCUUCUUUGGUGAAACUGCCUGCUCUUCAGCAACUUCAGUUGAAGGAGCACCUGUUUAUGUCAGCAGUAUGUCAGUGUGUACCUCUGUACUUGAUCUGUCAUCCGUUUCAACUACUGUGACUACUGUUAUUUCUCCCACCAGUAAGCCAGGUUUGAGUUUUUCUUCCUGGAGUUCAAAAUCCACCAAUGGUACAGUUCCUCUCAGUGGUGUCUCCACAACUGUUAGCAAGGGGGCAAUUCCAUCACCAAUAUCUUCUGCAACUAGUGUAACUCAUUCACUAAAUCGAGCUAUUACAAGUAUUCAGGAUAUUUCCUCUCUUCCUUCUGCCUGUGACACAAGUGAAAAUAAAAUGUUUAGUGAUAAAGUAUUAGACAGAGAUAUUAAAGGAAAGGAUGUAUGUAAUCCUUAUAAUAAAAAACUAGUUUCAGAUACAAAUUUGUUGGCAAAGAAUUUGCAAGAACAGGAAAGUAGCAAAGGAUUAUGGAACCAAAAUGAUUGUGAGACGGGCAUGAUUUUCAAAGAGGAAGUGCCUGAACCUACCUCAAAUGAAUAUUCUAGCAUUGAGAAAACAGGAAAUUCCAGCAAGAAUAAAGCCAGCACUUAUGCUGCCAGUAUGCUUGAAACUCCUUUCAUAUCCAUUGACUCUGAUGAUGAAAUUCAGAUUAUUAUGCCGAAAGAAAAGUCACUUACAGACAAGAGGAAAAGUACAAUAACCACCGUUCAUAGUGAUGUUACAGCUGAGGUAAGACUAGCAUCACAAGCCAACUGUUUGUCAUCAGUAAGCUCCUCUUUAGAGCAUCCCAGCAUACUACCUGUUGGUGUAUGUUCAGAAACUAGUCAAAAAGAAGUGAAAGAUGGUAGGCUCAAGGAUUUGAGUAUUUCUCAAGAGGCACAGGAGACAGAUGGUAGACAUCAGGUACAUAAGCUAGAUACUGGCAAAGAUUCAUCUAGCACUCAGGAAAAUAAUUUGAUGUGUGGUAUAAUGGAUAAUUCUGUUGUUCAUGACCCAAGCUGUUUCAGUCCUAAUGCAAAAGGAUUCAUAGAGUUUAAAGAAGAUUCUUUGUCAGAGAGGCCUCCAGCAAAAAUAAAAUUUUAUUUUGGGUUAAAGAAGACUGAUUUUACACUUUGUAAGGACCUUGAGGUUAGUUAUACAAGUAAGUCAAAUAUUUCACAAGAACUAUUGGAUGACAUAACACUUAAAGAUAAACAUCUUGGAAGUCCUGACAGAACCUCCAUGCCAUUCUCGUUUGAAGUUGGAAGCAAAUUUGGUUGUACUAAAUCCAGUCCCCAGCACAAAAUAAUGUCUCCAACAUCAGAUGAUAGUAAUGUUGGAGUAAUGGAUGUGGAUGCAAAUAAUGUCAGUUUUUUGUGUUAUGGUUCAUCAUCUGAAACCUGUUCAUCAUCAUCAUCUGAUGAUGAUGAUGGUGAUGAUGAAAUGGAGUAUGACUCAAGAGAUCUUGGAGACAGCAAAGUGUUUUCAUCAUUGACAAAGAAUUUUGCGCCGGAUGUUUCCAAGGAAGUUACCACAUCCAAUAGCGCUGAUUUAAGCACAAGUGUUUAUGAUGAAUCUGGAGGAGAGAGUGAAAGUGAUCGUGAAGCCAUCUUCAGGAGACGCAUAUUGUUAGGUAAAGGUGUUUUGAGAACUGAUACGUCUGACUCUGACAGUCAUGUAUUUAAGAAACCUCUGCCUUGUUUUAAAAGAAAAUUGGACUCUGAUUGGACAUCAGAAUCGGAAUCACAAUCAGAAUUUGAAGAACAAAGUUCACUACUAAUGAAAUCUCCCUUUUAUGUUCCUGUUAUGCCACUGAAAAAGGAGGUAAGAAAUCUGCACAAACUACCAAUGGAAACAUAUGAAAACUUGCUUUCUGCUCCAAAGAUAGCCAAGAAGGCAUCUGCUUUGCACAAACCAACUGUUCAGUCAUCUGGAAAGCUGCUUUUGUCUCCAAAGUUUCCUUUGCAAAAUAAGUUCUCAUCUGGGAAAAAUUCAUGUGCUGGUAAUAUCCCUAUACACAGUACCCAGAAGCAGAUAUUUAUUUUAAAUAAAUCCACCUUAAGUAAAGAUGCCUUAAGGAAUGCAGAGCCCCCUCAGGAGAAGGAGCCACUGUGCCUAUUAAAGGGAGAGAACAAUCAAAGAACUCCUUUCCAGACUUACCUUUUGCAAAGUCCAAAUUCAUCCUCACCGCUUUCUCAUCAAGGUAAUCAAAAACCACCACAUCAUCCAUUCCAGAAGCAUACCAUGCCAUGCAGCACUUCUAUAGCAAAGCCUUUAUUGUGCGAUUCAAUAUCAUCAUCAUCAUCAUCAUCUACAUCAUCAUUGCCAAGUACAAAUACUGAUCCUGUAGCCUCACCCUUGACAUCUUUAAAGAUUCGUUCUGUCAUUGACUGUCAGAUGCCUUCUGUCACAAACCCCAGUGUGAUUAUUCCUCCUGUAUUACGUAGCAGCUAUGCUCCUGUCCAAGAGUGUAUGCAGAAUGUGUCUAAGGAUGUAGGUAGCUCAAAUAAAGUUAACAAUAUGCAAGAAAAACUUAUAGUUCUUAAGAAUGAAACUCCAAAUGGUCCUGUGAUGAAGGUUCUAAGAGUGAAUGUUAUUCCAAAUAACAAAGUAGGGUCCCCACUCCCAACAGACGUCAGUGGAUCUGGUACCCGUCAACUAAGUGUAUCACAAGCUCCAAAACCUAAUGUGAAAGAUGCAAAGCCCGUUGUAACUUGUGCUGUGACAGCAAAUCCUAGUGUGUCUCUUGUUUCUAAUGACUCUCUGGAGGGUAUCAGAAGUAACUGUAGUAAAAGGAAAGAUAUUCCAAAGGAUUUUAGUAGUGAUGGAACAAAAAAGCAGUUAAUCACAAAGAUAAAAGUGGGUGGUGCCAAUGAAAGGUAUUAUGUAAGACCAACAUUUACCAUGAUGAAAGCUAUAUCUGAAAUGAGGAAAAAUAAGGACCAAGAUACAACUAAUGAUGAUACUGAAGUAGAUUGUGUAGAAUUACCUGAUGGCGUUCCUAUAAGUCAUCCACUUCAAAUUCCUAAUGAGAGAUCUCUAAAACAUUGGUAUAAAGUUCAUAAUAGUAAAAUGUUAGCCCGUACUAAGAAACGAAGAAAAAGAAAAAAGAAAUAUAUACUUCAGAAAAUACAGAAUUUAGUGAAAGAGAAAGUACAAGAAACUGUCAGCAGGAGCAAAGAUGAAAUUCCAGAAAUGGUUGCUGUAUUUGUUGGUGGUAAACUUCAUAUAUAUAGCAGAGAUACAGAUAUACAAUCGGCUCAAUGAUGUAAUUUUUUUUUAGUUUUUUUUAUUUUCUCGGAAUUUGUACUGCUUGUAAAUUAUUUGAGUUCUGUAUUUCAUUCUCUUCCAAGUUCUUUUAGUUUUUUUAAUACAUUAAAAAAAAAUUACACUGGUUGUUUUAACAGAAGCUGAGCCAUGGGGACUAUUAUGGUUUUUAUUGUGUGAUGUAGGAAAGGUUUUUUCUGAAAGAAUGAUUUGUUUCAGUUGUACACUAGUCAUCCUGUAUGUGUUUUAUUAAAUUUGUACAGUAGUCCCCCUCUUAUGUGCGAGAAAUUGGCUCCAAACCCCUUUUCGAAAGCACAGAUUUAUGUAAGAUAACAGACCCCAUAGAGCAUCUUAUAUGUAUGUUUUUUCUAUUGGGCGCCUCUGAAAUAUUUGCCGCUGCAAAAAUGAACUUAUUUUCAUCGAUCUGGCUUUGCAGAAAGAGAGAUGUCAGGAGCAGAUAUGAUGGAGGUUUCCACCAAAAAUACUUUCAUACUGAAAAAUCUCAUUGUAUGUUUUUUCUUGUUUUGUAAUUCAUCAAAAGUCAUUGUAAGUGUCAUAAGACUAAAGUGAUCAUACUACAUUCCAUAAAAGGAAAAGGAUCAUGUUCAAGAUUUUGUACAAUCUGAAGCUUUUUUUUUUUUUUUUU